GCCAUCUUCAACUUUGUUCCUCUGUACGGCUCUCAAGUCUUCAGAGUCUCCAACAAAGUCCCAAAGGCAGCACCCAAUGUCACUCAGCCGGUGCAUUCUAGGGCUGGCUUGCCUGUGGCAUGGCGUCAUUGCCAGCCCACUGGGUGCCGUCCCAUCCAACAUCCCGAUUGCAACCGACCUUCAGACAGCAGAAACAGUCGCACAACCCAUCGCGAACUCUGCAAGAAAGUUACACGGCAAAUUUCUGCACAUUACUGAUUUACAUCCCGACCAGUUCUACAAGCCGCACUCUUCCACAGACGAAGCUGAUGCCUGCCACCGCGGCAAAGGGCCUGCGGGCGUUUACGGCGCCGAGGUCUCGGAUUGUGACUCGCCCUUCGCCCUCAUCAACGCAACCUUCGACUGGAUAGCCGCCAACGUCAAGGACGAUAUCGACUUUGUCAUCUGGACCGGCGACACUGCCCGCCACGACAGCGACGAGGGAGUCCCGCGCAAUGCCGACCAAGUUUUGGGUACCAACCGUUGGAUCGCCGACAAGAUGGCCGAACUCUUCUCUGACUCGACGGGCCGUCACCUCGAAAUCCCCAUAGUACCGACGCUGGGAAACAAUGACAUCUUACCACACAACAUUCUGCUCCCAGGGCCGAACUCAUGGCUGCAGCACUACACGCACAUCUGGCGCCGCUUUGUCCCAGAAGCACAGCGCCAUAGCUUUCAAUUCGGAGGGUGGUUCUACGUCGAGGUUAUCCCGAACAGGCUCGCCAUCUUCAGCCUGAAUACGCUGUACUUCUUCGACCGCAAUGCUGGGACUGAUGGUUGCGCCAGCCCCAGUGAGCCUGGGUACAAGCAGAUGGAGUGGUUGCGCAUCCAGCUUCAGAUCAUGCGGCAGCGUGGCAUGAAGGCCAUUCUUAUGGGUCAUGUUCCUCCUGCGCGGACGGAUAGCAAAAAGCUGUGGGACGAGAAUUGCUGGCAGAAGUACAGCCUCUGGCUCCGCCAGUAUCGGGAUGUGGUUGUGAGCGGCGUAUUUGGCCACAUGAACAUCGACCAUUUCUUCAUUCACGAUGAGCGGGACAUCAACGUGGGCCAACUAGCCGGACUGCCCGGUGAUAGCAUUGACAUUCGGGAGGCCAUGGACGACGAGCUCUCGGUAACGGGAGCAGCCGACUACCUCCAAGAACUACGUCAGAACUGGGCAAAACUUCAACCGCCGCCCACCGACUCCAAGAACUCUGGCCAAAUGAAGAAAGGCAAGAAGGGAAGGAAGGGCAAGAAGAAAAAGCCCGACGUGUGGGGUGAACGCUACUCGCUAUCUCUCGUCAGCCCCAGCAUCGUUCCGAACUACUAUCCUGCCCUGCGUAUCGUCGAAUACAAUAUUUCGGGGUUGGAGGACACGCCCGUUUGGAGGGACGCAGCCAAGGACGCGAUGUCGAUCGAAUUGGAGCAAAAUGACAGGCAGAAGCACCUCGACCUCAAGCGACAACACUCUUCUCGCAUGGAAGAUGACGACGAGAUCGACGCCCAGAAGAAAAAGGGGAAGAAGAACAAGGGUGGUGACUCCAAACCGAAAAAACCCGACUUCCUCAUUCCCCACCCCCCUGCGAAAAGCUCACCGCCAGGACCGGCCUACUCCCCACAGCCCCUUACGCUGACAGGCUACACUCAGUAUUUUGCCAACCUUACGCACAUCAACAACAUUACUACCGAGGCCUCGUCUGCGUUGUUGGAUCACGAUGAAGAGGAGGAGACAUGGGUGGAUUGGCUUCUCCGCUGGCGCAAAGGAAGGCACGGCAACAGGAAGCCUAUCCACCCAAAGCCGGACCCGCGCGAGUUUCAAUUUGAGGUGGAAUACAGUACUUUUGAUGAUAAGCUGUACAAGCUGAGUGAUCUUACAGUCAAAAACUAUGUUGAGCUUGCGUACCGGAUAAGUAAGCAGCCCAAAAAAGGCAAGGCUAAGAGUCUUGAUGUCUCGUACGAGUCCGCGGCCGAAGAGGAGGAGGAGGAGGAGGAUCUCUUUGAGGAAGUGGAAGAGACAGACGAGGAAGAAGAACAAGAAGAUGAUGAUCUGAGUGAUGGAGAAGAAGUAGACGAUGACUCGGACGAAGACGAGUUGGAGACGGAAACCUUCAAGAAGCACGACAGGAAGAAGAACAAGAAGAAGAAGGGGAAGAAAAGGCAGAACAAGGUCUGGAUGCACUUCCUCACCCAUGCCUUUGUCAGCACGGUGGAAAAGGAGGAUUUGAAAAAGUUUACAUAA